AGCCGCCCCAGAAGCGGGCCAGCGCCGCCGGGAAAGGAGGUCGCCGCCGGGGGUCGCCCGGGCUCGCGGGUCGCCGCGCUUCGUCUGCGGGCGCUGCGGGAGGCGAGGGCCGCCUCGGCGGAGGAAGCCGACCCCGGGGUCUCCGCCCGCCCGCCGGCGCCGCCUCCGAGCCGCCUCGGCCGUAUCCUCGGCCCGGGCGGGAGGCGGCGGCCGCCGGCGAGGCGAGGCGGCCCGCGCCCUGCCUGUCAGGCCACCGGCCCGGCCCGCGGGCUGCCCCCGAUGCGGAGGCGCUGUCGCCGGGGCCAUGCAGCCGGCGCCGCAGCCUUACGAGUUCUUCAGCGAGGAGAACAGUCCGAAAUGGCGGGGACUGUUGGUCUCGGCCCUGCGGAAGGUUCAGGAACAAGUGCAUCCCACUCUCUCAGCUAAUGAAGAGUCUCUCUAUUAUAUUGAAGAGCUGAUUUUUCAGCUGCUUAAUAAAUUAUGCAUGGCCCAGCCAAGGACUGUUCAAGAUGUAGAGGAGCGAGUUCAGAAGACCUUUCCUCACCCAAUUGAUAAAUGGGCCAUUGCUGAUGCACAAUCUGCUAUAGAAAAACGAAAACGAAGAAAUCCUCUUUUACUGCCUGUGGACAAAAUCCAUCCUUCGUUGAAGGAAGUAUUAGGGUACAAAGUGGACUACCAUGUGUCCCUAUAUAUUGUGGCUGUGCUAGAGUAUAUCUCAGCUGAUAUUUUAAAAUUGGCUGGUAAUUAUGUUUUUAAUAUCCGGCAUUAUGAAAUAUCUCAGCAGGACAUUAAAGUGUCAAUGUGUGCAGAUAAGGUUUUGAUGGACAUGUUUGAUCAGGAUGACAUAGGUUUGGUUUCUCUCUGUGAAGAUGAACCUAGUUCUUCUGGUGAAUUAAACUACUAUGAUCUUGUCAGAACUGAAAUCACAGAAGAAAGACAGUAUCUACGGGAAUUAAAUAUGAUCAUAAAAGUGUUUCGAGAAGCCUUUCUUUCUGAUAGAAAGCUGUUUAAACCUUCUGAUAUCGAAAAGAUUUUUAGUAACAUUUCAGAUAUACAUGAAUUGACUGUGAAACUUUUAGGUUUGAUUGAAGACACAGUUGAAAUGACUGAUGAAAGCAGUCCUCAUCCCUUAGCUGGCAGCUGUUUUGAAGAUUUGGCAGAAGAGCAAGCAUUUGAUCCUUAUGAAACAUUAUCACAGGACAUUCUUUCACCAGAGUUUAAUGAACAUUUCAAUAAAUUGAUGGCCAGACCUGCAGUUGCUCUACACUUUCAGUCCAUUGCUGAUGGUUUUAAAGAGGCAGUUCGUUAUGUCCUUCCACGUCUUAUGCUGGUGCCAGUGUAUCACUGUUGGCACUACUUUGAGUUACUAAAGCAAUUGAAAGCAUGUAGUGAAGAACAAGAAGACAGAGAAUGUUUGAACCAAGCUAUUACUGCUCUCCUGAAUCUCCAAGGUAGCUUGGACCGAAUUUACAAGCAGUAUUCACCUAGACGUCGACCUGGAGAUCCUGUUUGCCCUUUUUAUGGUCACCAAUUAAGAAGCAAACACCUGGCUAUCAAAAAAAUGAAUGAAAUUCAGAAAAAUAUUGAUGGAUGGGAAGGCAAAGAUAUUGGACAGUGUUGUAAUGAAUUCAUUAUGGAGGGACCAUUGACAAGAAUCGGUGCCAAACAUGAACGGCAUAUUUUUCUGUUUGAUGGCUUAAUGAUCAGUUGUAAACCUAAUCAUGGCCAGACUCGGCUUCCAGGUUACAGUAGUGCAGAAUACAGGUUAAAAGAAAAAUUUGUCAUGAGGAAAAUACAAAUUUGUGAUAAAGAAGAUACUUGUGAGUACAAGCAUGCGUUUGAAUUAGUAUCCAAAGAUGAGAACAGCAUAAUAUUUGCUGCUAAGUCUGCUGAAGAAAAAAACAAUUGGAUGGCAGCCCUUAUUUCUCUUCAUUAUCGUAGUACUCUAGAUCGAAUGUUAGAUUCAGUAUUAUUGAAAGAAGAAAAUGAGCAACCACUGAGAUUACCAAGUCCUGAAGUAUAUCGUUUUGUAGUAAAAGACUCUGAGGAAAACAUUGUUUUUGAAGACAACUUGCAAAGUAGAAGUGGCAUCCCCAUUAUUAAAGGAGGAACUGUAGUGAAAUUAAUUGAAAGGUUAACAUAUCAUAUGUAUGCAGAUCCCAAUUUUGUUCGUACUUUUCUUACCACAUAUCGUUCAUUUUGUAAACCACAGGAAUUGCUGAGCUUACUGAUUGAACGGUUUGAAAUUCCAGAGCCAGAACCUACUGACGCAGACAAAUUGGCAAUAGAGAAAGGCGAGCAGCCAAUCAGUGCAGAUCUUAAAAGAUUUCGCAAGGAAUACGUCCAACCAGUACAACUUAGGAUCUUAAAUGUAUUUCGGCAUUGGGUUGAACAUCAUUUUUAUGACUUUGAAAGAGACUUGGAAUUGCUUGAAAGACUAGAAUCCUUCAUUUCAAGUGUAAGAGGGAAAGCUAUGAAAAAAUGGGUAGAGUCAAUCGCUAAGAUCAUCAGGAGGAAGAAGCAAGCUCAGGCAAAUGGAAUAAGCCAUAAUAUUACCUUUGAAAGUCCACCUCCACCAAUUGAAUGGCAUAUCAGCAAACCAGGACAGUUUGAAACAUUUGAUCUCAUGACACUUCAUCCAAUAGAAAUUGCACGUCAGCUGACACUUUUGGAGUCUGAUCUCUACAGGAAAGUUCAACCAUCUGAACUUGUAGGGAGUGUGUGGACCAAAGAAGAUAAAGAAAUAAAUUCUCCAAAUUUAUUAAAAAUAAUUCGCCAUACCACAAAUCUCACCCUCUGGUUUGAAAAAUGCAUUGUGGAAGCAGAAAAUUUUGAAGAACGGGUGGCAGUACUAAGUAGAAUUAUAGAAAUUCUGCAAGUUUUUCAAGAUUUGAAUAAUUUCAAUGGCGUAUUGGAGAUAGUCAGUGCAGUAAAUUCAGUGUCAGUAUACAGACUAGACCAUACCUUUGAGGCAUUGCAGGAAAGAAAAAGGAAAAUUUUGGAUGAAGCUGUGGAAUUAAGUCAAGAUCACUUUAAAAAAUACCUAGUAAAACUUAAGUCAAUCAAUCCACCUUGUGUGCCUUUUUUUGGUAUAUAUUUAACAAAUAUUCUGAAGACCGAAGAAGGGAAUAAUGAUUUUUUAAAAAAGAAAGGGAAAGAUUUAAUCAAUUUCAGUAAGAGGAGGAAAGUAGCUGAAAUUACUGGAGAAAUUCAGCAGUAUCAGAAUCAGCCUUACUGUUUACGGAUAGAACCAGAUAUGAGGAGAUUCUUUGAAAACCUUAACCCCAUGGGAAGUGCAUCUGAAAAAGAGUUCACAGAUUAUUUGUUCAACAAGUCACUAGAAAUUGAACCUCGAAACUGCAAACAGCCACCUCGAUUUCCUAGGAAAUCAACUUUCUCCUUAAAAUCUCCUGGAAUAAGGCCUAACACGGGCCGACAUGGCUCUACCUCAGGUACUUUACGAGGUCACCCAACACCGUUAGAAAGAGAACCAUGUAAAAUAAGCUUUAGUCGGAUUGCUGAAACUGAGCUGGAAUCAACAGUGUCAGCACCAACCUCUCCAAAUACACCAUCUACUCCACCAGUAUCUGCUUCUUCAGACCUUAGUGUAUUUUUAGAUGUGGAUCUCAACAGCUCUUGUGGCAGCAAUAGCAUCUUUGCUCCAGUGCUUUUGCCACAUUCAAAGUCUUUCUUUAGUUCAUGUGGUAGUUUACAUAAACUAAGUGAAGAGCCCCUGAUUCCUCCUCCUCUUCCUCCUCGAAAAAAGUUUGAUCAGGAUGCUUCAAAUUCCAAGGGAAAUAUGAAAUCUGAUGAUGAUCCUCCUGCUAUUCCACCGAGACAGCCUCCUCCUCCAAAGGUAAAACCCAGAGUUCCUGUUCCUACUGGUGCAUUUAUGGGCCUCUGCAUAGUCCACCUCCGCCACCACCAAGAGAUCCUCUUCCUGAUACCCCUCCACCGGUUCCCCUUCGGCCUCCAGAACACUUUAUAAACUGUCCAUUUAAUCUUCAGCCACCUCCACUGGGGCAUCUUCACAGAGAUUCAGACUGGCUCAGAGACAUUAGUACGUGUCCAAAUUCGCCAAGCACUCCUCCUAGCACACCCUCUCCAAGGGUACCGCGUCGAUGCUAUGUGCUCAGUUCUAG